AUGUGGGCCUGCAUCUGGAACUGCAAUUCCAGGAAAGGGGUUGUUAUUUGCGAGUAUCCAUAUGACCCUACCGUUGUUUUGGGGUACCUGUCUGUUGGUUUUCUGGUUGCCUCAACUGUGGCUGGGUGUAACGCUGGACUGGCACUAGCGUUUCUGCUGUGGCCUACGAUAACAGAACAACUUCAUCUGAUUCGCAACAUUCAUCACAACCUGCGAACAGAUUGCCCAAUUGCCAAGACUGGUCUCCUUGGUGGCGGUGCUUUUCUAUCACUCAACACAUCACUCUUCUGGCUGGUUUCCCUUAUGUUAGCGGACAAUGCACGAGAAGACUACUUUGAUGAAGUGGAAGGUGUUAAAGGUGAGCUCGGAAGUUUUCCUGGGCUUGAUUAUGAAGUAGAUGGUGGCAUUAAAGCAUGA